UCUUGACUUUAGAACACAAUGGAUUUACAAAACGUUACCUUUUUACAAGACCCUUUUGGCUUUGAUUUCAAAGAUUGUUACGCCAUGGCCAUGGGGGGAUUGUUGGAUUGCUAUGGCGGUUUUGAAGAAGACAAGUUGAGCUGCGAAGCACUUAGCAGUGUUGAGCAGACGGCCUCGAAUGGGUGUUGGGAUUAUUCUCCGCCGGAAGUUUUGCCGGCGGAGUACUCUCCGGCUGUUGCUCCGGCGGAGACUGCGGCGGCGUUGGGACGGCCCCGGAAGAGAAGGCGCACGGCCAAAAGGUCCAAGAAUAAGGAAGAUAUAGAGAACCAAAGGAUGACUCACAUUGCCGUUGAGAGAAACCGUCGCCGGCAAGUCAACGACUACCUCGCCGUCCUCCGCUCCUUUCUGCCGCCGUCUUACGCUCAAAGGGGAGACCAAGCAUCAAUUGUGGGAGGAACAAUUAACUUUGUGAAGGAGCUAGAACAGCUCCUCCAAUUCUUGGAAGUUCACAAGCAACUGAAAAAUAAUCAAAUCUCUUCAUCAAAUUACCCCAACAACAAUUCUCACUACCCUUUCUCCACCUUCUUUACCUUCCCUCAAUACUCAACCCCCAAAACCCACUCUCCCACCGCCGCCGCCGCCUCGACGGCGCCGCAGAAGUUGUCGACGGUGGCGGACGUGGAAGUGGCCAUGGUAGAAAGCCAUGCAAGUGUGAAGGUGCUCUCAACAAAACAACCAAAACAACUUGUGAAAAUGGUCAAAUGGUUUCAUGCCAUGAGCCUCACUGUUCUCCACCUUAAUGUUACCACAAUUCAUCCUAUGGUUCUUUAUUCUUUCUCCUUAAAGGUUGAAGAUAAUUGCCAGUUGAUGUCAGUGAAUGAGAUAGCCACGGCAGUGCAUGAAAUGGUUGCCAUGAUUCAAGAGGAUAUGAUGAGAGAAGACACAAUCUAGCUUAAUAAGAACCCCCAUGGAAACAAUUAUUUGCAAUUAGGAAAGGAAAAAUAUUAUUUAUGGUUGUUACAAUUCAUGUAAUUGAAUAAAAAUUUCAUCACCUUAUUCUAUAUAUUAUAUGAAAAAAUAACGUUUUGCGUUCCUAUUUUUAUAUGAAA